AUGCGUCUGUUCCACACCUGGGCCCUGUCCUUCUCCCUGCUGACGGCCUUCCACCCGGUGAGUGCCACCGUGUCAGACAGCUUCAGAGACUGCAGCCAUUUUUUCUACAUGGAGACUCCACCUGCAGGGGUUGGAGGGCACAGCCUGAAGAGGAUCUGCCAGAUGUAUGCAGACAAAGCUCGCUAUGCUACAUUGUACGACAGCAGCCGCCGCCUACCCCUCUACUCGGCCUACAUCUUUCAGAAGUCUGAUGGGAAGAGCAGGAUGGACACACCCUGGAUGUUUGAGCCUCAGUUGCUCUCUGGUGAUGAAAGUACACAAAUGAGAGCCCUUCCCCUCACUGACGACUCCCCCCCUCUGAUUGAGGGCAGCCAGGCCGUGUUGGAGGACUACAACGACGCCAUUGGGUACAGACGUGGCCCGCUGAAUCCGGACUUGCACCAAGCAGAGCCAGGUGACAAAUCCUCCACCUACACCCUGACCAACGUAGCGCCAUUAAUCACAGACUUCCUGGAAACCUCCUGGUAUCCAUACUUGGACACUGUCCGCCGGCGCCUCAAUAACUUCUGCCAAGGCAAAUCUUUCAUGGUGGCAGGGGUGACUGUUUCAGGGGCGACUAUCCAGCGAGAUAACAGGGACCGCCUAGCGAUCCCAAAACACUUGUGGCUGGCGUACUGCUGCCCCUGGUUCGACCGCAACUCCCCAUAUGAGGUGAGGUUUAUGUUCCCCAGUUACGGGGGCUAUGCACUGAAUGGACAGACUGGCCACAGUGUGGUGGAGGUGCCUCUGAAGACUCUGGAGGACUUCCUGAGGAGCCAGACAGACAUCUUUAGGGACAUGACUAUUUUCUAUAAAGGAUGUGUGUUAGAAAAUCCCCUCAAGGCGAACAAAGACAUGGCCUGA